AUGACUCCUGCAGAUGUUAAUAAUCGUGGUAUUCAAGAAGUGGAAAUAAUCACAUCUUCUAUGCAGAUGGAUUGGGGCUUAUACUCAUCACUUGGAAAUGAAAUGGGACUGUAUAAGGAUGACGACGAGAUACAAUCACACGUUAAUACGAAUACUUUGAGGCAUUUUUUGGACAUGAGCUUUGCCAUUUACGAUCACACGCCCCAUGACGGAGAGGUGGAGGAAAACGAAUGGGACGCCACGGUAUACAAGGAGGAUCUCAACAACGACACAUGUGUGACCUUAGAAGAAUACACGCAAGUACACAGCUGCCCUGUGGCCGCAUACUUGUUCAGCCAUUAUAACCACGAUGGUGACAAUUGUCUCGAGGUCUCAGAUAUGUCUGAAGAAUUCCAUCUCAUUGACCACAGUGGGGACAAUUUGGUGAGCCUUCAUGAGUGGGAACAGUACUUUCUUCACUUGACACACAGAUUGUUUCCACAUGGUCUCCCAACGAUAGGUCGCUAA